AAUGCACUCACUCAUUGCACUGAUUCUGAUUUGGCACUAUGCAAAUAAAACUGAAUUGAAUUGAUUGUGAAUGCCCUUCAGCUCGACCCCCACCUGCUGAGCCGCUCUCUGUAUCAUACUGCUCUGCUGGCCUGCCUAACUUCACUCACCCACUCUGUUCUAUUGCUCAACUCUGCUCCUGCUGCCUGAUCCACCUGCCAGCUACAUGCUGCCAUCCCACUGCUCAUGCCAUAUACUCAGCCCAGCUUCAGUCAUCCACACUGCUAAGUACAAUUCAUUCUGCUCUAGAGCUUAUCUGACCUUACUUUUAACUAUUCUGGUUGUCUCUGAGUUCUCCUUUUGAGUCCUUAGGUCAUGCUACAUAUAACAGAAGGAGGUACAUUUAACCAGAAGGCCUUUUAUUAAACAUUAGAUUACAGACAGUAUUAUAGUGUUUCAGUUAUGACUGUAUAAAAAUGCUCUGUAUAUUUAACUUACAAUAAUGUUUAUUUCACAUUAGCCUACUGAUGCAAUCCAAAAAAUGAUUUAGUUUUGAAGGCGUUUUUCUUCCAGGCAGCCAAUGCUUUUCAUUCAGUUCCAAAAUAGGCAGAAUUUACUUCAUUCAUUUUAAUUCAACACAAUGAACAUCAUGCCACAUGUCACCUUAGGGUCAAAAAACACAUAUUUAUACUGUACAGCUAAAUUAAUUAGAUAAGUCAGCUCUCCAUUAUUCCUGCAAAAAUAAUCAUGAAAAUGACACUGAUAGUAAGUUAACCAAUAGGCCAUAUGCUUGGAAUGCAAAACAAACAAACAAAACAAAACAAACAAAAAAAGGAAAAAUUAUGUCUCACUGCUCACUAUUCAAGUUUGGUAACUAAAGUAGGCCUACGGCUUCUGAAAUCAUUUAAGAGUAUUUAGUCUCAGUGGUUGUUCAGAACUAGCCUUCAGUCUGCAAUGGGCCUCAAACAAGCAAAUGACAAGUGACAUUCCUUAUUAAUUAUUUUCUAAAACUAUUUCACUAUGGAAUUGGACAUUUUCGCGCCAUUGCAGGAUUAGGUUGUUAUAAGGAUCCUAGUUAAGCUUUUGUGGUGCCAAACUCCACUAUCCUCAGGAGGUGCUUACUAUUGAUACAUGUUUCAGCCUAAUUAAUAAGGAGCCUCCAGUGGCCAUAGUAACAACGACACAAGCAAAGGGCAUAGUACAGUCUGUAAUGACGACACAGUCCGUUUUAUCGGCUAUUUUAUUGGUGCGCUUCCUUCUGAUGCUGAAACUACCUGUUUUCUCUACAGGAUCAAUAAAUGUUCAGUUUUGGUUUAUGUUGAAAGUAAUGUCAGCAAGACAACGUUUAAAAACUUAGCAGAGGCACGGGCUGAUUACACCCUCCCUCCAUAUUCCGUCAUCAGCGUAUCCUGUAGGGAGCUCCUAUAAGCGGCUUCGCAGCAGACCUGCAAACAGUGAGUGUGUCGGCGCGCAGAGACAUGGGGACCAGGCCACACUGAGAGGAAAGAUCUGAGUCGCGGACCGUCAUUUCAGUGAAAGGGAUAUGCUUGGAUCUAACAUCAGACUAUCUAUAAGAUAAGCACUUAUAUUUAUAAGAAGUUGGUCAGUUUUCAAUGAACUGCUGGUAACGUCAGGACAGAUGUUGUUUCCCACAUGUUUUCCUUCACUUUGCAUUGAUUUCAGUUAUUAUUGACUUACUCCAUGUCAUAGGACCGGAUUAUAAUUCCCUCUUGGAUAUAAAAGUCUUCAAAUCAACUUCUCAUCAACACUAAGCCUCUCUUUACAAGGCUGGAAAUUGCGCAAGGAGAUGGCGCAAAGGUACGAUGAACUGGCUCAUUAUGGAGGCGCGAUGGACGGAGUAGUUCCAUCCUCCAUGUACGGAGACCCACACGCCACCAGGCCCCUGCCACAGGUCCACCACCUGAACUACGUGCCACCCCUGCACCCGACGCAGCACUAUGGAGCCCACGCGCCACACAUCACGCCCAGCAUGGGCAGCGCAGUAGACGACGCACUGAAGAGAGACAAGGACCAAAUCUAUGGCCACCCUUUAUUCCCCCUUCUGGCUCUGGUGUUCGAGAAGUGCGAACUGGCGACCUGCACGCCCAGAGAACCCGGGGUGGCAGGUGGAGACGUCUGCUCAUCCAACUCCUUCAGUGAAGAUAUAACCGUGUUUGCAAAACAGAUCCAUGCAGAGAAACCUUUAAUUUCCUCCAACCCAGAGCUGGAUAACUUGAUGAUACAAGCAAUUCAAGUCCUUCGAUUUCAUCUCCUAGAAUUAGAAAAGGUUCAUGAGCUCUGUGAUAACUUCUGCCACCGGUAUAUCAGCUGUCUGAAAGGCAAAAUGCCCAUAGACCUGGUCAUAGAGGAGCGAGACAUGUGCAAGUCAGACUUUGAUGACCUCUCUGGAUCCUCCACCAACCUUGCAGAUCAUAACCCAACGUCAUGGAGAGACAUGGAUGACGCCCACUCCACACCCUCUGUGGGCACCCCAGGACCAUCCAGUGGGGGACACAUGUCACAGAGUGGAGACAACACCAGUGAACUCGGAGAUGGCCUUGAAGCCAGCCUGGCAUCAUCAGGCACAGGAGACGAGGAUGACCAGGACAAAAAGAGGCAGAAGAAACGCGGCAUAUUCCCCAAAGUGGCCACAAAUAUAAUGAGAGCAUGGCUUUUCCAGCACCUUACACAUCCUUACCCAUCUGAGGAGCAGAAAAAACAGCUAGCACAAGACACAGGCCUCACCAUCCUGCAAGUAAACAACUGGUUUAUUAAUGCAAGGAGGAGAAUAGUGCAGCCCAUGAUUGACCAGUCCAACAGAGCAGUAAGUCAGGGUACAGCUUACAGUCCAGAUGACCAACCAAUGGGAGGCUUUGUUCUUGAUGGGCAACAGCACAUGGGUCUUCGACCUGGAGGGCCCAUGGUUGGCAUGGGGAUGAACAUGGGCAUGGAUGGUCAGUGGCACUACAUGUAAAACCACUGCACUGAGGCAAGCCUGAACAAAGUUUUAGGCAACACAGCUUGUUAAGCUGUUUCCAGUGUCAGAACCUAAGGAGCAGUACAACCCAUACUUCCCUUAACCAUCACCUUGCACAACCUCACGGGCUGAUGCGGACAGUUUUUCUUUGCUUUUCCAUUGGAUUUUAUGUUGUGUUGCGCUUUGUGUAGAGGAGGGUGAGGCUGCGCUUCUCGCACACACAGUCAGCUGAACAGAGGACAUGAAGGAUCACUCUGUAGUGCAACAAUCAGCCAGUAACAGAGACUGUAUGAGCAGUUUAUCAAACAGCUGUUGAAGAAGUAUAACACAAACUUGCAGAAAUGUGCCAUCUUCACCGCUUUUCUGGAGGUCUGCUCUAUGAACCCCCUGCUAUUUACAUUUUACACAGGGUGCUUGUAAUGCUAAUGGUUGAGCUGUAAAGACACUGACAACCAAUCACUGGCAACAGCUUUGCUAACACUCACCGCCUCCCCCCUCACUCUCCUGGUACUUGAUUUUAGUACUACUUCCUGAGAGUUGUUGAAAUUUUGCUCUGGGAAUGCAGAACAAGUAUUAUGGGGUUUGAUACGUUUUGAUAGGUUUCUAAGGUGGAAAAACUAUAUUAGUGUAUUGGUUUUCAGAAAUUAAAAUAUUCAGAGAUGAUUAAUGUUUGUGACAACUUCAGUCUUAAUUUCCAUUAUUUCUAUCAAUAAUAGUUUAGAGGGGGGUACACUGGGGGGACUUUGAACUGAUGAUACUGGGAGUUCUUAAAACCCUACUACAGUGUUACCAUAACUGACAAAAAUGCUCAAGAAAACUAAGAAAGUAUGUCCCAGUUUGUAAUCAAUUGUAAUUUCCUUUAUGUCUCAAGUACAAGAGACUGUCUGAGAUUACACUAUACUGCUUAUCCCACACCUUAUCUUCACCUCCUGGUAUCUGAUUAAGAAUCGGGGCAAUGCUACCCCUUCUCCUUCUCCUCCAGACUCAAUCAGCUCCCCACCACUGCUGACAGUUCUCAAAUCAAGACAUACAGCCUACCGAAGGCACCCAAGCACAGAGAAUUUUAUUUAAUGCCCACUCUCCACUGCUCAAUGAGCCAAGCUUUAAUGACACUUACCUUGAUUAAUAUAGCUCUUUAUAUGUAAAUAGGAGCUACAUUUGCUUCAUUCCUCCCCCGGGCCAAUUUUUGCCAACACAGCCACCACUUCCCUGUCUAAUAACUCCCCUAGUUUUACUAAUGAACUUCAAAGGGCAGAUAGUGACGUGACAUCUACAAAGUAAAUAAAUACAUCUAGAUCUGCAUAAAGAUACCAGGCUCUCAACCUACAUGCUGCCUAGAUAUUUUUGAAGACUAAUUGUUUCUUAUUGAAUGAGUUACACUUAAAUGCUCUAUAGAUUUGAAUGUUUUUGACUGCCCAAAUUUUAUAUGUGGUGAAAAGCAGUAAAUCUCUGAGGCUUUUCCAUGCAUGAUAAAGCCCGAGCCAUAACAUUUUGCCAUUAGGGAAUACAUGAUUGAAUCUGCAUUUUUUAAAAUUCUUCUCUUUGCUGCACAACACAGCUCACACUAUGCAAAGUUUUAUUAUAUACUGCUCAUCUUAACUUUACAUGUUUGGCAGAAAAUAUCUGGAGUUCAAUUCAUGAUGUAAUAUGAUGGAAGAGCAAUGUCAUCAAAAUAUUUUUUAGAUUAAAAUCAAAAGUGGAAGUUUAUUAUUAAGUGGAAGCACCAGGCACGAGUGAGCAGGCUGACCCCAGGACAGUGAUCUGGAGACAGAGACGAAAACGAGUCAAGAAAGGAGGGCUCCAUGCUAGGCUAAAACCUCUCACUACCCGACCGUUACUACCCAACCUCUUCCUAGCUAACGAACAGUCUCUGGAAAACAAAUUGGACGAGCUAAGAGCUAGGAUUACAACAG